GCAUGGCUUCCCCGGACUCACCGCCGGCCACCACCUACGCCCCGCCCGCCGUGCCCUCGGGGGUCGUUGCCGUGCUCCUCACCAUCCCCUUUGCCUUCUUCCUACCGGAGCUGGUAUUUGGGUUCUUGGUCUGGACUCUGGUGGCUGCCACACAUGUAUCGAGACCCUUGCUGCAUGGAUGGGUGCUAUACGUGUCACUCACCUCGUUCCUCAUCUCCCUGAUGUUCCUGUUGUCCUACCUGUUGGGGUUUUACAAACGGUUUGCGUCCUGGAGAGUCCUGGACAGUCUGUACCAUGGAACCACAGGCAUCCUGUACAUGAGUGCCGCCGUCCUGCAAGCACACGCCACUAUCAUGUCUGAAUACAAUAACAUAAACGAGUACUACAUCAAUACUGCAGCUUCAUUCUUCGCCUUCCUCACUACCCUGCUCUAUAUUCUGCACGCCUUCAGCAUCUAUUACCACUGAAGGACCGAGGAACCAAACCC